CUCUCCACGCUUGGAACACGACGAGACGCCCACAGACUUCCAAAUAUGGAUAUGUGAGGUAUAAAACYUUGGUAUUAGAAGACUAUCUUGUGUCCACUCCUGCUUUUCACCGCGGGGAGAACAUUGUUGGUCAUUCUGAAAAUUGUACGGUCUCGAGCAAGACAUUGUAACAGUGGGUUCUUGUGGCAUUCCUCCCUGCAUGUGCGCUAGCUGACAGGGGUGUACCAUAAAUCUAGUCCCGUGUACAGCACCGUUUAUAUUUCUACUUGCGGACACUACACUGUCACACCAGACAGAKAGACUGUGGRCGCGGAGACUGGGAACGUUCGAUCACAAGGUUUCUUAUCCAUCUACUAACUACAGUGACAAGACCAUUGAAAAGAAACAGAGACAAGAUGAGUAGUACCAAAAGGAAAGCAGAGGGGCACACUAGGAACAUGGGCAAACUACGAACCAUGAAGUCUGGAAGCUCCAGAACAGACUCAGAGAGAGACUCUGGCUUCUCAGAUGCCAGCACCAUAGACCCGACAGAUUCUGAGGGCUCAUCGCACUCGGUGUCCAAGAGAGAAGUUCAGCGCCCUGGAUCAGUGUUGGGAGCACAGUCCUCACAGCUAGCUGUGGUGGGGGGGUCCUACUCCAACAUGCCCCCCAUGAUCAUCCAGCAGCCUCAGGUGGUCUUCCUACAACCUGUGGUCUCCCACUGCACCACCUCCAACCCCAAGGAGGCCUCCUCUAAACACCGGCGCCCAAAAAAGUUUCUUCCCAUCCUCAGGUCCUACCCCAAGAUUGCCCCUCACCCUGGGGACAGCUCGAGUUCCUCUGGGAGAGGAAGCUCUUGUUCUUCCUCCUCGGGGUCAGAGAGAGGUGGUUUGUCCUCCAYCCACCGGGAGCGCCAUCACAACCACAGAGACAAACAGCAGAAGCAGCAGUCUGGUAGUUCUAGCUCUGGUUCUUCUGGUUCCAGCACCCUCAGUUUCCCUCCUCCAACUAGCUCUCUGUCCCCCUCUCCCCAGCGCAGGCUCGCCCUCUCCUUCACAGACUCCAGUGCCUGUAGCAGCCCUGCUAGACCCUCCCCCGCCGUCAGUAGAUCAGAGUACACCCCCGCCCCGUCCUUGACCGUAACCCCUUCUCACACCCUCAACUUUGAGCACCCUGAGAAACUCAAGUCCCAGCCUCUCUCCCUCCCAAAACACGCCGCCACAACCGACAACGGCGAUGGAGAUGACCACGACAUCAAGCGUAAGCGCUUCUGCAACACGUACAACAUCCUGUCCAAGUCUGGCCUGCUGGACAUCACCCUAAGAACCAAGGACCUGCUCCGUCAGAACCGCAGGACCCAGGGAGACCUGGACCGGCUCAAGGAGCACACCAACCUCUUCCUGCAGGCCCUGCAGACCGGAGACACCAGCAUCUGGAGCAAGCUGCAAACCAGCCUCCAGGAAGAAGAGAAAGAGGCCGAAGAGAAAGGGAAGGGCAGUGGGCAGCAGAGCAUCUUAAAGGCAGAUACAGAUUAGACCUGGACUAAGUAAAAGCAGGGUUUCAUCUGUUAGAUUGGGGAGAGACUGAGUUGAGGUGGGGGAGGCUUGGACUUGGGCUGACUGAGGAAGCUGGACCGGCAGUAAUGUGCCCACAAUGAUCACGCAAACAGACAGUUACUCUGACCUUGUCUCCCUGCACUGCUGCCUGGUUCAGCUACCCUAAACAAGGCCAGGCAAACUCCCUCUACACACUAGCCUGCCUGCUUUACCCUAAACCAGGCCAGGCAUACUCCUGGUAAACACUGUAGCCUGCCUGCCUUACCCCCCAAAUCAGGCCAGGAUGGAUGGGAGGCUUCUGUAUGAUAUGAAAUCGCUCUAUUCCCUAUAUAGUGCACUACCUUGACUCUAUAUAGUGCACUACUUUGAUCCUAUGUAUAGUGUAUGGGGAAUAGGGUGGUGGACGUUGCAUUCUCUCUUUUCUGUUGUACCCAGCCUGGCUCGCCUUCUUCCUGUCAAACCGCCUUCCUGCUUCUUAGAAGAAGUCUUGUUGUGCUCUGAGUAUCUCUGAGAUAAGCCCUAAGGGACUUUUUUACUGGAAGCUGAAAGUGCCCACCACUUGACACUUAUAGCCGUCAUCGUGAUGAGUAAAAUAGGRCUAUAUUGAAGAAGGCUUGCAUGGUAUAGUUAGUAAGAGUGCUGAGUGGAUACCUGAAUUAAACCCAACAAAACCACACGUUUUUGAUGAAAAUAUAUGGUGUUAAUUUAGGCUCAAACAAAUAUGUUUAUUGAUACGUUUUACAAUACCCACUGGGCACACACUGGUUGAAUCAACGUUGUUUAAAUUACGUGGAACCAAUGUGGAAUAGACGUUGAAUGACGUCUUUGCCCAGUGUGUAGCCACUUAUACAGUAGGUUUCCACUGAAGCACGUCUAAGGAGAAUGGAAAGCAAGCAGCACAGAAUUAUUUUUUUCCCUCGUGAAUUCAUGGACUAAAGACAGUGAUUUACAUAAAGACUCCUUUAGGACUCUAGUGAGGAUACUGUUCAUCAAAGCAUUUUUUUUAUACAACAAAGACUAAUGAAAGUCCCUCAAAUGGAAGAUGGGCUGAAAUCUUUUUGUCAUAACAUUUUUUGUAAGASAAUUGUCAAGACUUUAUCCAAAAGCAGAAUUUUAUUUAAAACAUUUUAUUGUAUUUGCACUCAAAUAAUUAGAAGGUAGUUCCAAAGGAAUUUC